AUGGAGCGCAGUAGUUCUGCCCAGGUCGGCUCCUCCGCCUGGGUUGAGCGACAGAAACUCGACUACACUACGUUGCAGAGUAACGAGUGCCAUCAGCCUUUUGACGGCGAAGCAACUAUCUAUCAAUGGAAGGACGAAUUUGGCGACGUUGGUCCAAAAUUCGAAGCGUUGGAGUUGGAGCUUUUCGGUGAUCCAAAAACUCGACAUGGCCGAGCUGGGCUGGAUUUUUCAAAUAUCGAACAAAUUAGUGUUCAACAAGAAGGCCCAACUCGCAUUCAGCCAAUCCGUCGUUUUGAAGAUGCGGGUCUUCAUCCGAUCAUGAUGGAGAACGUGCGCCUCAUGGGCUAUGUCUCCCCAACGCCCAUUCAAAAAUACACGAUACCAUCGAUGCUUCAAGGCCAUGACGUGAUUGGUAUCGCUCAGACUGGUUCCGGCAAGACUGCGGCUUACCUUAUUCCGAUUCUCAGCAAGCUCAUGGGCAAGGCGAAGAAGCUUGCAGCUCCUCGCCCUAAUCCAGCCGCCUUCCGCCAAGGAGUUGAUGCUGUGACAGCAGAGCCGCUGGUUUUGGUAAUUGCACCAACCCGAGAAUUGGCUGUGCAAAUCUUCAACGAAGCUCGAAAGUUUUGCUAUCGCACCAUGCUUCGCCCUUGUGUCGUUUACGGAGGUUUGCCCAUCAGGGAACAGAUCAAUCUGCUAAGCAAGGGAUGUGAUGUGCUCGUUGGAACGCCAGGACGUUUAGUUGACUUUAUCUCACGUCCAAACAUCUUGACCCUUCGGCGUCUUAAGUUUAUGAUUAUUGACGAAGCUGAUGAGUUGCUUGAAGCGGAUUGGGCGGAGGAGCUGUGCCAAAUCAUGACCGGAGGAGAGCAGGAUGAAGGUAACAUCAAGUACGGCUUGUUCUCGGCUACUUUUCCCAAGGCUACCCGUGAGCUUGCCAAGGAGCACUUGUCCGCCGCUCAUGUUCGAUUCCGCGUAGGGAGAGCAGGAAGCACCACGGAGAACAUCAAGCAGACAAUCAUUCAAACCGAACGCGAGGAGAAGCGUGAUGUGCUUCUCAAACUGCUUAACGACGUGACGGGAGUUCGGACCAUCAUUUUUGCCAAUAGUCGCCAAGAAGUCGACAACCUUGACGAUUUCUUGUACAACGUUGGACUUCCGGUGACUUCCAUUCACUCGGAUCGAACGCAGCAAGAACGUGAGGCGGCGUUGCGGUCUUUUCGGUCUGGUGAUGCACCAAUCCUGAUCGCGACAGGUGUCACUGCUCGUGGCAUCGAUGUCCAAAACGUCAUGCACGUCAUCAACUACGACCUUCCCUCCAUGAACCAUGGUGGCAUUGAAGAAUAUACUCACCGGAUUGGUCGAACUGGUCGUAUCGGGCAUCGUGGUGUAGCCACGUCCCUUUUUGACCCGUCACACGAUGAGGGCAUCGCCAGCGUCCUUACCCGUACUCUCUUGGAGACGAAGCAGGAGAUUCCCGAAUUUCUUCAAAUGUACAUCCCUCAAAGCGGUGCCUGUAAUGACUUGCGCUUCGAGACGGAGUCCGACUAUGACGCCGAGGAAGCCCAGCAGGUCGCGCAAGUAGGAGAAGAUGCGGCCGUCGGUUCGGCAUGGGGACAAGGACAGGCCGAGGAAAAGCCUGCUGCCAGCGAAGGAUGGGGCAGCAAUGGAUGGGGCCAGCCCGACAAUGGCAAUGCAGCCGUCAGUGACGGCUGGGGUAGUGCAAGUCCGGCAGUCGGUGCGGCUUGGUGA